GCACGGGCUAUCCUGCAUCUGCACGGCAUCUCUACUUCACUGGAGGUUCACAAUAGUCUGUGCCAAAUUAACAGUCUGCAUAGUAUGAAGUCUGCAAAAGCUGCAGUGUCAGAAAACUUCUACUCCCCCCUCGAUCCUGCCACUGCCAUGGCCCCCGGCUUCGCCAACGGGUCCUUCCAUGCUGGUGACUAUCGCCAUGAGCGGCCAAUCUCUCACACCAUUACAGGUCUGAGGCGCUGGUCUGUUGCCAACAAGGAGAUACCAGCGGCCUCGCAGGUAAGAGCCAUUCACGUGUAUGACUUCGAUAAUACGUUGUUCCUGAGCCCUUUGCCGAACCCUCAACUAUGGAAUGGUCCUACUAUCGGAUUCCUGCAAGCAUACGAGAGCUUCUCAACAGGGGGAUGGUGGCAUGAUCCUAACUUACUUGCAGCCACUGGGGAGGGGAUGGAGAUUGAACAAUCGCGGGCCUGGGAUGGUUGGUGGAAUGAAGACAUUGUGAAAUUGGUCACUCUGAGCAUGCAGCAGAAAGAUGCUGUUACGGUGCUUCUGACUGGUCGAAGCGAAGGUGGCUUCGCGGGCAUCAUCAAGCGUAUGGUGGAUAGCAAGAAGCUGGCGUUCGAUUUAAUCUGCCUCAAGCCUGAAGUCGGCCCCAACGGCGAACAGUUCCCAUCGACUAUGGAAUUUAAGAAGACUUUCCUCGAAGAUCUUGUUCUUACCUAUACGCAGGCUGAUGAAAUCCGAGUCUACGAGGACCGCGUGAAGCAUGUGAAAUCUUUCAGGGAGUUCUUUGAGCAGAUGAAUAGGAGAUUCCAAACUCCGCAAUCUAGCGUGAGGAAGCCCAUCAACGCGGAAGUGAUUCAGGUAGCAGACGAGUGCACCUUCCUUCCUCCUGUAACAGAAGCGGCUGAAGUUCAGCGUAUGAUCAACUCUCAUAAUACGUCUUUCAGGCACCCUGAUCUCAACGUGAUGAAGUCACCGUAUGGUCGACUUCGUAUCAAACGUACUGUCUUUUACACAGGGUAUCUUAUAUCCAACGCGGAUUCUGCUCGUCUGGUCAACAAGUUGCUGAAUCCAAUGUUACCCCAUGGACUUGCUGAUUCCAACGACUUGAAAUACAUGGCUAAUAGCAUACUGAUUACCCCACGUCCAGCAUCUAAGUCCCUCCUGGACAAGGUAGGCGGAAUGGGUGCGAGGCUAACCUGGCAGGUUACUGGGACUGCAGUGUUUGAGAACCGGGUUUGGGCUGCACGUCUGGAACCCGUCCCUCCCUCAGAAAAGUAUCAUACGGAGAACCCAGAACCUUUUGUAGUAUUGGCAGUGCGCAAAGGGGCUCGUCCUAUUGACGCAGCAAAAAUCAGAAACUGGCACCCAGUUCCUGCUGACAAAGCACUGAGCUUUGAAACAGUCGUCGGGGAAAAGGUUGUUCUGCGAGUUGAAGAAGACAAUCCCCACGAAGGCGAAUGGGAAAGUCAGUUUAUGAACAAGAGCAACAAGAGGCGCCAUCGACAAGAACGUGAUGAGGAUAUUCUGUAUCCACAAUACAGCCAAGAUGGCCCUGAGCCUCCAAGGUCGAACGUUUACCAUAAUCGACAUGGCGGAGAUGGCCGUUAUGCUAAUGAUGAUGCCCCUCGGCGCGGAGGAUCGGGUCGCGGUGGCCGUGGUCGUGGGAGGGGGCGAGGUCACUUUGGCCGCAGUGGCGGUGGACGUGGCAGAGGCCGCGGGCGUGAGCCUGCCCCUCCUAAUUACAGAUCACUGGACGACUAUGGCGGAUAUGACGGUGGAUAUGAAGAGAAAAAUGGACCGCACAAUGUUGCACCUGUGAUGAAUUAUUGAGUAUUCAUCUUCGUCCCAGCAUUUGUGGUGACUGUUUCUCUAUCUUUACUCCGUACAAGUUGCAGGCAUAUGUGAAACCGUUACUUCAAUCGGCUUUUACCUUCCAAAGCUCCGCUUUUAUUUCAUUUACAGGCAUUCUAAGCCUAGCAUGGCGUUUUCGAGCUUGGUGUUUGGCGCAAUACCAAUAUCAGCAGUCUAUUGCUACUUGCAGCAAGAUUCUUUUUUAAUGGGAUUCCCAGGUUUGCGAUGGAUGAAUGUUCUAGCAAUCAUGACAGGAUGGCCCUAGUUCUGAUUUGGCAUUGAUAAUGGCUGCAUACACCAUAUAUGCACAUCAUCAUUGUCGUGGAAAGAAGAGACGACGUCAGAAGCGUAAGUGCAUGGUGGAUGAUCGUGUCUAUGUCGGGUCACAUCUACAUACUAUAGAAAUUGGUCUGUUAUAGCGAGGUUUUACUGUAUUACUACUACUCUAUCUAAGCGUGACUUGACACGUGACAGGUGUCGCCCUAAGGCCCGUCCCGAGGCUUGACAUGAAAGGUAGCCGUCAACGAAUGACGGGCAGCGCGGUGCCAGGGUAAAAGAAAUGGAAAAGAAGCAACUAGUCCAAAGAUCUGUGUUUUCUGAGAAGCACAUGUGAGAGUGAAACCUGCAAGACUUGAGCCGUGAGAUUAGCCCACGUCUCCCGCUCCUAGCAACCAUGGAUUCCCAUUCCCAACAAUCUGAAGCGGCCAGAUUCAACAAAUCGGUUAUGGGAAAUCUGGAAAAGGCAUUGGCAGCGGAUCCUGAAGUUGACUUUACAUCUGUGAUCCCUUCAUGGUACUCUAGUUGUCUGGCCAGAUUCUAAACUCAGCUGCCCAGCUCCAAAAGUCAAAUAUAUUACUAACAAACAAUCAUCACCAUUUCCUGAUAAUAAUGUCUGAAGUUAAUUAGAUUGGAAUAUGUUGCUGAUUAUAUUAUUCCUAUUAUCAGAAUCUGCGAAGGAGCUCCUAGGGUGUGAUAA